UAGAUGCAUAACGAACCGGGAUAUGACAAGCGAGCCACACCAAGACGCAUACAUUUUAUCGGACCGAAACCGAUUUCCUGCCUAUCCAAACCGGGUUAUUCACGUACCGGUUUCGACCCGGUUCAGCCUCUUCUGUUGACUUUCCGGAAGCAGAAUCCUAAAAUUAAAAAACAGACGUUAGAAGCGAUGGAGAUCGGAGAGAUAGAGACGGCGAAGAAGAGAUGCGAAUCAGUCAUAAGAACAAUCAACCACCUUCCUUUAUCAACUUCCAUAACCGCUUCGUGUCGCAGCACACUCCUCAAGCUCGCUUCCUCCGAGCUCUCCUUCCUCUCAUCCCUCGCCACCGACCCUUCUCCCCCACACCCUCUCAGUGUCAACAUCGGCCACAUCGAGUCAGUCCUAUGGAUCCUACGCCGUCCUUCAAUCACCGCCGUUUCGCGCGUCUGCAAACCGAUUCCUCUUCCGAACACCAACAGCGUCCACGUCGAUCUCGUGUGUACUCUCGGAAAGGCUCCGGCUUGGAUCAUCGUCUCCGAUAGAAACUCUAAUUACAUCUCAUGGAGCGAUAACCGCCACGGAAGCAAGGGGUUAAAGUCGAGAAUCGAAACGAUCCUCGCCGCUGCGAACUCCACAACGACGUUGAAACCUUCUUCAUUGAUUCUCUUCUUCGCAAACGGCUUGCCUUUACCGGUUUACGAGAAGUUAAAAGACCGAUUCGGAGCUGAAGACUUCAACUUUGGCUCUGAUUCGGAUUUUGAUUGCGAGGAGACAUUAGAGGGAGGAGAAUGGGUUAAUGUGGUUCGGACCAGGUCGUAUGAAGACGCUGUUUCUGUCGAGAUCAAGCUCAUAGAUGGUCACGAUUCUCUUGCGUUUGAUGAGCAUGUUGUAGCUGAAGCAGAGGUUGCAGAGCUUAGCGAGAAAGAUGCUUUCUCGUCAGUGCUCUCUUCCAUGAGAUUGAAAGGUGAAGACUUUCUUGUGAAUUUCGACACGACAGCUCUUGUUGCUCUCGUUUCUGGAAUCGCUAACGGAUGUGCAGAGAGGAUCUUGGAGAUGUCUGAGGUUGUGUUAGAGGAAAAGUUCAAAGGGAAUACUGUUUUCGUGAUUGCUCAGGCGAGAUCUGAAGUUGAGUACUCAGUUCUUGUCAGAAUGGGAGGUGUGCUGUCAGGGAAGCGAGGGAUUGUGUGCAAGAGUGUUGUUUCAGAGUUCGAGGAGUUAGUAUCAAUGUAUGCUGGUCCCAAUGAGAAGCAAAGAGCUGAGCAGUUGUUGAAGAGCCUAAUGGUGGUGAAUGACAAUCCUACAGAGCGUGUGGUGGGACUCCCAACAACGAGGAAGUUAGCAAUGAAGAACAAGAUUGUGUUUGGGACAGGUGAUAGAUGGGGAGCACCUACGUUGACUGCAAACAUGGGGUUUGUCAGAGCCGUAGCUCAGUCAGGCAUGUCUCUCUCCACCAUAGAACAUAGCCCUCGUGCUCUCACUGGUGAUUAGCCAAAGUUCAACUUCUACUUAUUCUGUAACUACUUUAAGUUCUAAAGACCAAUCCUUGUAUUAGGGAAACAAAACAAAAACAGAACCUAGCAUUUUACUUCUAUCUGGUGUAGAUGUCGUUUAGUUGUGGACCAAGUAUCAUUUCUCGGAAGCAAAGAGACCUUAUCAAG